AUGUUCAGGCAACUGAGUUCGAACCCGAUCACAUCGAUCGUCAACAUUCGGCUCUCGAAAACGAUCGCGUUCUUCUCGUGCUUGGGGUGUGCGAUUCAAGAAUUCAGCAUCAACAACGAGACGUACGAAGCGCUCAACGCGCUGCCCAACGCCAACGAGACCGAGCCCAGCACGGUCGAGUCCACAGGCUUUCGGUUCGACACGGGCUUCUCCGUGAACGCCGCUGCCUGCGCCGCGCUGAAAGGCUCGGUGCGACCGCUCUGGGCCGGCAAGUCGCCGCACACCUUUUACGUCUGUGUGGUACCAGACGCACUGCCACCGCCCACGCCCAUUAUCGUGUCCAGAAAUGACACGGGGCUCAUCAUCGGGUGUGCGAUUGGCGGCGUUGCCAUCAUUGCGAUAUUGCUCAUCGCAGUGCUCAUUCGCCGCAAGAAGACGGCGGCGGCCGACCUCCUCGCGUUCCAAAGCGAGGUCACGGGCGGCCGCCUCCGCCGGGCAAACGGCACGGGCUUCCAAACCCUCGAGUCGUCGCUCGAGCUGGCCGAGAACGGCCUUAUUAAUAUCGAAGAGCUGCGCAUGCACAAGCUCGACCUCGCGGACCUCAAGGUCACAGCCACCAAGCCGCUGGCGGCUGGCGCCUUUGGCGAGGUCUGGCUCGGUCAUUACGGCAACGACAAGGUCGCGAUCAAGCGACUCAAGGACACGCACGUCGAGUCGUAG